AUGCAUAUUCUGUCUCUGGUACUUUUACAUACCAUCAUGAGAUUCAUUUGCAUGUCCAUUGUCACCUUCGCCGUUUUGGCCGGAGCAGAGAAUCCCAAGGAUAAACGAUUAGCAGUUGAUCCAAAUACCGGAUAUCAUCAGCAACAGACAUAUUCACAACAAUCAACGCAACCCGAAUAUUUAGCUACUCAAAAUCAGCCUCAACAGUACUAUCAAUCCGAAACUCCACAAACACAAGCUAUCAGUUAUUCUCAACCGCAAACAAAAUAUUCAUCUGCUGCUGCAACUCCAAUUCAAAAGUACUCAUUUCUAUCACAACAACCCAAAAAACAAAUCCAAUAUUCUUCUGCUGCUGAUGUGUCCAGUUUUAGUUACAAUAGUCCGAUAGUAUCCUACAGUAACUUGGGACUUUUGAAACAAAUUGCCGGACAAGCUGCUUCCGCUCGAGAUGUUCCAGUGAAUUAUAACUCUGAACAACCAGCUAAGACGGAUUCUUCUUCUCAACCCAAAGUACAAUAUAUUUCUUCGCCCAAAGUACAAUUUUCUCCAUCACCAGUUCAGUAUUCAUCUCCAAAACUGCAAUACACUUCUCCAGUAAAAAGUCAAUAUACCGCAUCACCAUCUGCUAUGUUUACUGCCAAUGCUGCUCCAAAUUACGAAGAAAUCUAUCAACAACUCGCUCAAAAAGCUGCUUUGACUACUUCACAGCAAUCAGCCCAACUUCAACAGUACACAUACCAACCAGCUGCACCUCAAAGAGUGACUUAUCAAAAAUCACCAGCACCAGUAGUUUAUCAGUACCAGAAAAGUGCUUCAGCUGCAGAUAAUCAAGAAAAAGCUUAUGCACAAGCUCCUGCACAACAGUAUACCUAUCAAUUACCACAAGAAUAUGAAAGUGGAGCUCAAUCUUCACCACAAGUUUUCUAUUCUCAAGGAUCACAAGGUUCUCAAACACAAGCACAAGCUCCUCAAUAUUAUACUUUGGAUUCGCAAGGUCAAGCUAAGGGAGGUGUGACUUACUCAUCCUAG